CCGACUUGCAAGAUCUAAUUCUUAUAUAUGCCAUUGCACCUCCCACAUUCCCUUCAUACCAAAAAAAUUCACACACAAACACUCAUCAAGAUGCUUCACAUUAUCUUCCUCUUCUCUCUUGUCCUAUCAUCAUCAUCCUCCACCUCCAAUGCUGCAGACUUCUGUGUAGCUGACCUUAUGGCUGCAGAAGGCCCUGCAGGCUACCCCUGCAAGGCAGCUGCUAAUGUAACUGCAGAUGACUUUGUGUACACUGCCUUGGCCAAAUCUGGAAACACCACAAACAUCAUAAGUGCAGCAGUGAGCCCAGCCUUUGUGGCCCAAUUCCCAGGUGUGAAUGGGCUUGGCAUAUCUGCGGCCAGGCUAGACUUAGCCCCUAAUGGUGUCAUUCCAUUUCAUACACACCCUGCUGCUUCUGAGCUCCUAGUUGUGCUUCAUGGUCACAUCCUUGCUGGGUUUGUGUCCUCAGCUAACGCUGUCUAUUUGAAGAAGCUAAACAAGGGAGAGAUCAUGGUUUUCCCACAAGGAUUGCUGCACUUUCAGGUUAAUGCUGGGAAAAACAAGGCUACUGCUGUUGUUUCAUUCAGUAGCCCUGACCCUGGCCUUCAAAUCCUUGAUUAUGUUUUGUUUGGCAAUGAAUUGCCUUCUAAGUUGGUGGAAGCGGUCACUUUCCUUGAUGAUGCUCAAGUUAAGAAGCUCAAGGGUGUUCUUGGAGGCACUGGCUAGGAUAGGAUAGGCUUAAUUCCUUAACUGCCAAUUGUUUUCCAUCGCUUGAUAAUUUUUCUUCUUUUCAGUUUUCCAAUGUUCUUCUGUUUCUCCCAUUCUUCUUGUACGAAGUUCGAGCCAAUCUCAUUGUCACUGAAUUUUCAAAUUACUGUUUCUGUUCUUAAUAAAUUUGUGUGCUAGUUUCA